AGCUUGCAUAAUUUCAAUGUUCUCCAAACAAACUGAAGGAUCAUCGGUGGCACUACAAUGGCGACGAAAGAAUGACGACGACGCGACUAGGGUAUGGCAAGGGCGCGACAAGGGCACGACGAAAGAAUGACGAUGACGUGGAACAAUGAGGGCUGUAGCGGUAUUGCCUCCACAAGGGUUCCAUCUCCGUUGUUUCCACAAAUUCCUCCUGGUUCCAAAAUUAGGCUUCUACAGAUGGGGGAAAGGGGAAAACAUUAUGCCUUCUUACUCCUACGCCGUUGUGGAGAGGAUGAAGGUGCGCAACUCUCGGCCAUGGAUGACAGCUUGAGGAGUUUGCGAUUGAAGCUCAUGGUUGUGCUUGCGAGGAAGAAAAGACCUUGUCCGCGUCGAUGGAGGGCUCGAAUUGCAGCUAUUGUUUCUCGAAUUGGAGAGCAAGCAAUGGAGAGCUUCUUAAAAAGGAAAAAUUGAGGGCUUUGAAGAUGUACAUUGGAACACGGUCAUUAGUGGGUAUGCUAAAAAUGGUAGGAUGGACCAGGCUUUGAAGCUCUUCAAUGCCAUGCCAGAGUGUAAUGUUGUGUCCUCCAAUGUUGUGAUCACCGGGUUCUUGCUGAAUGGAGAUGUGGAUUUGGCAGUUUGUUUUUUAAGACUAUGCCUGAGCAUGAUUCAGCCUCUAUUAGUGACCUUAUUUCAGGGCUUGUUAGAAACGGUGAAUUGGACAUGGCUGUUGGGAUUUUGCACGAAUUUUGUAGUGAUGAUGAUAGUAAGGAUAAUUUGAUGCAUGCUUAUAACACCCUGAUUGCAUGUUAUGGUAAAAAGGGUCAUGUGGAAGAAGCUCGAUGCCUUUUUGAUGAGAUUCCAGAUGAUCGAGAUGGUGGUGAAAAGGAUCAAAGGAGGUUCAGGAGAAAUGUGGUCUCAUGGAAUUCAAUGAUGAUGUCCUAUGUGAAAGCGAGAGACAUAGUCUCUGCCAGGGAACUCUUUGAUAGCAUGGUGGAGCGUGAUACCUGUUCUUGGAACACUCUGAUCCUUUUCAUGUUCGUUUUUCUUUGGUGUACCUUUUGUCGAUUACAUGUUUGUUUUAAUUUCAAUGUGGUGGAGAGUGUUGGCGACCAAGUGACAACACUUAAAGAGGGCGAUGUGGUGAUCCUGACAUACAUAGGCGAGUGUGAAACAUGUGAGAAUUGUGUUUCCGGACAAACCAAUCUAUGUCUGAUAGACCCUAUGAGUUUAACUGGUUUACUACUAGAUGAUAAUUCAAGGAUAUCCAUUAGAAGACAGAAUCCAGUGUAGUUUUUUUGGGUCUGGGUGCUGUUGGAUUAAGGGUAUAAAAGUCUGCAUCAAAGUUGUUGGAUUCUCAUUUUUAUCUGUUUGAGUUUGAAGCUUGAAUUGUGAUUAAGUGAAACUGACAUUACGUUGUAGGCUAUAAGCGGAGCCAAAUUUAUGGGAGCAACUAAGAUAAUUGGAAUUGACAAAAACGAGAAGAAGAGGGAAAAAGGAGAGGCUUUUGGAAUGACCCACUUCAUAAAUCCUACUGAUUCUGAUAAAUCUAUUUCAAAAUUGGUUAAGGAAGCAACUGGUGGAAUGGGUGUGGAUUAUUCAACGUGCGCGAGUCAUGUGAAGGAGGGCACAAAUGGAGGUGGGAGUGUAAGGACUACGUACUGCUUCGGUUCAGUACGAAUUGAGACGUAAAGUAUGAAAAAAUUAAAAAAAAAACAUGUUACUGCCUCGGUUACCUAAAAAUCGAGACAUAAUCCUUCUCCUUUUGCUUCACUUCAGAACCGAGGCAAAAAGCAUACCCUUUUUACCUUGCCUGUAUAUGCCUUAGUUGAGAACCGCUGUUUAUAAGCAAAA